GUUCCUGCUGCAUCUGAUGGAUCACGGACUCUUUCAUGACCCUCCAUCCCAUGAAGAUUCAUCGCAUGCCGAGUCCGUCUCCAAUAAAUUACUGUACUCAGAUUAGCAACUGUCCACUUACUACUGACCACGAGGCUGCGUUGAUUGAUAUGCCGCACAGCACACUGCCCGUGGCACUAUUUUAACAAGACACCUCCAGCCACUCAAGACCUGUUAACCGUCCAUUCAACCUUGUCUGUCUAAGAACAUGGGAGUAGGCCAGUCGACUGAAAAUGGGGGUCGGGCGUCCUCUCCAGGUCAGUGGUUCGCUAUUCUUGGUAUUUCUCGAAACCGUAACCAUAGAACUCUUUCGUACUAUCAGCCUCAUCCACUCGCGAAUAACCUCAACUCAAGCUUUCUAACAUGUGAACAGAGGAGCUGAGCUAUAUGCUUGCUGAACGCUUCGCAACCAAAUGCUUCACUCCUUUGGAGCUAACCCACUUCAAAGACAACUUUUACUCGCGCGCAAUCGACCAAGGCGGCUGGAAGUACUGGAAUGAGAAGAUCUUGUCCGACUUUCUGGGGAUCCCGGACAGCAGUGAUUCUCAAUGCCCAUUGGAUGCUGGUCCCGUCAUCUUUCGCAUGGUCUCCUACCUGGGCGCAUUUCCUUUCCAAAACACGCUGGCCCCGAGCGUUUUGACGUUUGAUGCCAUGGUGAAAGUGGUUGUGCUGUUGACUGAGCGGUACGGCAAGGUUCUGAGGCGAGCGCGCAGAGAUAGGAUACGACUGCUCUUUGGGAGUCUUGCUGAUGUUGGGAGGAAAGAUAUUGACCUGGGCCAACCCAGCCAGGACACGACUGAAGAGGGUACAACUGAGUCCGUUGUCGCCAUGUCUCAUGCUCCUGGCUUUGCUAUUGAUGAGCCUGCCAACGACGACUACGAUGAUGAUGAGGACGACGACCUAGCGCUGGCUGCAUUGGAGGCUCUGGACGCCAUUGAAGUAUUCAAGCACGACUCCCGCAUUGACAAGGCGGUUUACGAAGCUCGGAUUUCCGCCAGCACACUCCGUCGCCUGUUAAUGCUACUAAUCGUCGUUUCGCCGUUGAAGUUCCUCGAGCCGGUAAGGAUGUACACGUCCGAUCUGAACGAAAAGCGCAUGGAAACAGUUCGGAAAGAGGCGGACAGCAUCAUGGCCGCAUUCGACCAAGAAUCCUCCGGCGGAAUAAGCUAUAAAGCAUUCGCGCAGACCGUGACAUCUUCUUUCCCGUUCCUUUUCGAUCCCCUCACGCCACUGUUCGAACACCUUCUCUUCAGCAAAAACCUAGACCUGUCCCAGCGACGCGACAGGGCUGAAUCUACCGCAUCGGAACCCAUCGAAGAAUCACCGGAGCCUCUCCCUUCACCUCCAACGGUCCUCCUCCCAGGCGGGUUUGAAUCCGUGAUAUUGAACCCAAGCGUCAUCUCACACCUCUCAUUCUUCCUACCCUCAUCCUCCGAAAGCCUGAACUUCCUCCGUGGCAACGUGCGCCUUCACCCGGUCUUCUCGACAGCCGCGCACGGCUCCUCCGUCACCUCAUUCUCCCACCACGUCCUCACCUGGUCCUCAGGCACACUCCUGAUCCUCGAGGGCGCCACCUCGACCAACAACACAGUAACAGUCGGCGCCUACCUACCCCAGCCAUGGAAAUCCCCAUCUUCAACCCAGACAAGCUCCAAAUUCCCCAACGCCAUCCUCCCCUCCUUCUUCCAACUCUCACCCAAACACAUCCUCCUCCCCGGAAACCCCUCCUCAUCCCUCAACCAACCCAACACCCCGACAGCCUACUUCUCAACACACUCCGGAAUCUCCAUCGGCUGCCAGAUCCCGCCUUCCUCACGAAGCCAUCACAAACCCCCCACGCCUAUCGGAGCAGGAAGUCUCACCAUCGACGCCAGUCUCGAAACAGCAGACUUUCACGCCUCCCCAUUCGGCCACAAUGGCGUGUUCCUCCCCCCCGCCCCAGGCACCAUCCCCGAAUCCCCAUCCAAAACGCGCAUUGAAAUUUACAGCCUAGAAGUCUGGGGUCUCGUCCCCGACCCGACUAUCACCUCCGCCGACGGCGAGAAAUCAGCCGUUGAGCUCCAACAAGCGAAAUGGGAUUUCGAGGCCCGCGAGGCGGAACGAAGACGCAACGUCAAUAUGAAGGCUGGGGCUGGUGAUUCCGCGAGGGAAAGUGCCCGCUGGUUGUUGGAAGCUGCUGGUGUUGUUGGGGAUGCUGGACGGUCUGGGGGGAGUGUUUGAUGUUGAUCGGUUGAUUGGUUGUUUGGUCGCGCGGCAGGGAUAGCAAAUGUGCUCAUUGAGUGAAAUCUGUUAUGCUAUCGUAUGCUUGGCGUGAUCUUCAUUUUUU